AUCUAUAACAAAAAACAGAAUUCUAUUAAAUUUACAGCUUUGACGAUAAUAAUUAUACAAAUACAUAAAAAUAAAAAUAUCGCUAAUCCAAACCUAACACUAAAUAUGGAUAUCAUAUUCAAGCGAUUGCCAUAUCGUCACCUAAUCUUCUUCGAUUAACAGGUUAAUUAAGAAUAAUAAAUAAAUAACGAAUUGAUAUAAUUUCACUUCGUGUCCAAAGCUUUUCCCUUCUGUACCCCUUUGCGAACAAUGAUAUAAGGCGAGUUGGAGAAGAUGUAUCCUAAAUACAAAAUAUGUACUCAAGAUUAGAAAUCAUAAGAAGAUAAUCACUAACGAAGUUCGUAAUCAGUUAUAUUAAUGAAAAUAUACAUAAAAAUUUUAAUUCUUUUUUUUAAUGCGUCGAUUUGUUGCGUCUAUGGUAAUGAACAGGUUUAGUUGUAGAUGUAAUCACAAAACACUUGUUUUUCACAGCAAUAUCAUUAAAAAGAAUCAAUUCGUUCAGUAUCAUUUACAAAAAAAAAAAACACAAAUCGAUAUAAUUUUUAGAUGCUCAGAUAGAGAAUUUUUCUGUUUUACAUUUAGUUUUCCACGAAGCGAAUACUCCUGCACAAGAUACUGAAUAUAUGGCUUACAUAUGCAAACUUGUAUUUUUAAAGACAAAUUUGAUACAUGAAUAUUGCUCCGUGUAUGUAAUUACUUCCCUUUGUCUAGUAGUAUGCACGUGCCAAUGCAUAAUACAAUCAAUAAUCACCAUCCAGUCAUCUAAGAACGCAAGAACUAACUGUUUUCCAAUAAACGAGUCUUCCUACAUAUUAUGUGUAUCAUUUAUUAAUUCGCACGUGCAUACAAGACAACGUUACACCGGAAAAACCGUGCUUUUAUAGGUACUUUCAAAGAAAACUAAUAACUUCCUGGCAGCCAAGAAUUUACUCGUCUCUUCCUAGUGUGUGAAUUGAAACGUGUUUAAUCGAAUUCAUUAGACGUAGGGGAUUCGUUGAGAUUAUGUCGAAACAAAUAACACCGGAAGAUGUAAUCCAGUUUACCCGGCUCAGUGUAGCUUUAAGCUUUUGUUGGCCAUCUGCUGACAACAGCGGUAGUUACAAAAUAGCACAAAUCUGUAUUGUCAUCAACGCUUUCCUGAUCCUCCUGCCUUCGUUGUACUCCAUUUAUUUGUAUUUAGUCGAUAUAAGCUUUCACUUGGAGGCUCUCUUCAAAUGUAUCAACUUAACGAUAUACACCACGCAACUUAUUAUUCAAACUUGUAUAUGUUGGAUAAAGCGUGACAAGCUGCAACGUAUAAUUGAUGAGAUGGUGAAGUGCGUUAACGAGGCGCAGAAUUUCGAAAGAGAUAUUUUCAUGGCACAUAUAGUAAAAUACAAUAUUAUUUACGUUGGUUACGUAGUUGCUAUAUAUGCGACCCUGACCUUUUUUAUAUUUGGACCUCUAGUCUUACCGAUUCCAACCCUAGUGGAAGUGGAGUAUCCGUUUCAAGUGAAUUAUACGCCAGUAAAUUUUAUCAUCUACUUGCAUCACAGCAGCGCGUGCCUCGCUGUUACUGCACAUUUAUGCAUAGGUGUGUUUGGUGCGCUUUUAAUGUGGUUCGCUGCCGUAAGAUUCGAAUGUUUAGUCGUGGAAAUUCAGAAAACUACGAACAUUCGUAUGUUAGUUGUUUGUAUUAAAAAACAAUUACACUUAAGAAGGUACGCCGAGGAAGUGGUUGGUUGCUUUCGCUUCAUAAUACUUUAUGUGUUGGGAAUGACAACGUUUACUAUAACUCUAUGUGGGAUUUUAUUGAUAGUGGAUUCACCAGUAACUACGAAAGUGGAGCUCCUCGACGCUAGUGCCUUCUGUCUCAUCCUCACAUUCAUGUAUGCGUGGCCAGCUGAUUAUUUGCAAGACGCUAGUGUGAACGUCUCGCAAAGCGUAUACGACAUAGACUGGUACGAACAGUCUUCAGAAGUGCGAAAGCACAUGCUCAACGUGUUGGUUCAUCAAAAACCGGUAACACUUUCUGUCGGUUGUUUUAUGCCGGAACUUAAUUUGCGUUUCUUUUGUUCGUUCGUGUCCAACGCCCUCUCCUUCUGUACAGCUUUGCGUGCCAUGGUACAAGACGAGUCGAUAUAAGUGCGUCCUAAUAACAUAAUACGUAAUCAAGAUUAGCAGUCACAAUAUAGUAAUCACGAAUCAAGUUUAUAACUAAUUGUAUCAGUGACAAUAUACAUUAAACGUAAUUUUCCUUUUUUUAUAAUACAUACGAACGUGUAUGAAUCGUUAGUAUGCACAGUGGUUGUCACAUAUAGCAAAAUGUCACAUGCCUUACCGUUUUUACAUAAUUAUUUAGUUCGAGUAAAACAUAGUUGUUCGAUACGC